UUGGGGCUUCUCCACCGCAAUGCUUCUCGGGAGCUGGAGUUUUUCCGGAAAGCGGACUACAUGUCCCAUGGGCCCGCGCGGUUGCCGGCUAGUUCCGGACAACGCCUGGUGUGGGGUAACGACAGCGGCUGGUGAGAGAAGAAGACGCUUCUUCUUCGGCGGGCACUUCCGGCAGCAGCAGCAGCGUCGGCGAAGAAGAAGACAGGGGUGGUGUCGGUGACGGUAGAGCCGGCUCGGGAGCCCCAAAGGCCUCGAAGGGCGGGUGGGCAGGGAGGGGAGGCCAUACUGUAUAUUUCAGUUCUUAAAACACUUCAACACGAGGAAGAAAAGGUGCAACCCUUCAGUGAAUGAGGAGUCCAUUGCUUGAAUAGUUUUUUCCUUCAAGAGUGGUUCUUUGAAUGAGGAUGACAAUGGAAGAGAUAAAGAAUGAAGCAGAGACCACUUCUAUGGUUUCCAUGCCUUUGUAUGCUGUUAUGUAUCCUGUCUUUAAUGAGCUAGAGCGGGUAAAUCUAUCUGCAGCUCAGACACUGAGAGCAGCCUUUAUUAAGGCUGAAAAGGAAAAUCCUGGUCUCACUCAAGACAUCAUCAUAAAAAUUUUGGAGAAAAAAAGUGUUGAAGUUAACUUUACCGAGUCUCUUCUGCGCAUGGCAGCGGAUGAUGUUGAAGAAUAUAUGAUUGAAAGGCCAGAGCCAGAAUUCCAAGACCUAAAUGAAAAGGCACGAGCACUUAAACACAUUCUCAGUAAGAUUCCAGAUGAGAUUAAUGACAGAGUGAGGUUUCUUCAGACAAUCAAGGACAUUGCCAGUGCAAUAAAGGAACUUCUUGACACAGUAAAUAAUGUCUUCAAGAAAUAUCAAUACCAGAACCGGAGGGCACUCGAACACCAAAAGAAAGAGUUUGUAAAAUACUCCAAAAGUUUCAGCGACACUUUGAAAACCUAUUUUAAAGAUGGAAAGGCAAUAAACGUGUUCAUAAGUGCCAACCGACUAAUUCAUCAAACCAACUUGAUACUCCAGACCUUCAAAACUGUGGCCUGAAAAACAAACAAAAAACUGUAUAUGUUGAGAGCUGUACUUUUCAAUGGUGGAUAGGAAACCUUUAUAUGUAAACUCUAAAGUCUUGACUAUAUAAAUUAUCAGUCCCAGUUGAAGGGACCUAAUGCAGGAUUUUGAAUGGGAUUUAUUGCCAUCUUACACCAUAUUUUUGUAAAAACAUUGUAGCUUAAUCAUAAUCUCACGAUGAAGAUUUUGCAUCACUUUUUUGCUAUUAUCAUUUUAAGAAUUAUAAGCCAAAAGAAUUUACGCCUUAAUGUGUCAUUAUGUAACAUUCCUUAUAAGAAUUGUAAAUAUUUGGUGUUUCUGACAUUUUAACUUGAAAGCGAAAAACUGCAGAAUUAUGUAUUUAACAAUAUUGGUGGCAAAUAUUCAAUAAAUAGUUUACAUCUAUUAGAUUA